AUGAGUUUUCAACGGGAGCAAGGUACACACUCACCUCGACUGGAGGCUGUGAUUCAGAAGUUGGAGGAAUCCCUCCAUCUCUCUGAUGGCAGCUCAGGAGAGAGGACUCUGGCACUUCUAGGUGAUGGACAGGAGUCCAGUGUCACUCCUAUGCCUGUCGGCACCCGUAUCCGCCAGAUCAUCACCCGCAACCUGGCUGAGCAGCCACCUGGUGAGAGCUCUGAGGUCAGUGAGCUGGAGGAGAGCAGGGCCGUGAGGGAGCAGCUGUCUCCGAGCCAGAUGGACCGUGACCAGCCGCUAGUCAAACAGGCCAGUCUCACAGACAGGCUCAAUCAGAUGGUGAUGCUGCAGGCAGCAGUGGACUCAGACCAGGAGAGUGUCUCACCAGGAUCCCUGCAGCUGCAGAUCAAGGAGAGAACUUACAAACAAAAACUGCAGUCUUACAAGGAGGCCCAGCAGAGACAAGCCCAACUUGUUCAGAAGCUGCAGACCAAGGUUCUUCAGUACAAGAAGAGAUGUGGGGAGCUAGAAGAACAAGUGCUGGAGAAGACUUCAGAGUCUGAGAAGAUGAGAUUGUUGCUGCAGGCCCACAGAGACUCAGCCCAGCGUCAGCAGCAGACAGAGCAGGAUCUCAACGUGGCUAUCCAGAAUAAGUCUGCCCAGCUGGAGGAGGAGCAGAAGAGGUGUGCCAGCCUCAGCCAAGUAAACUCUAUGCUGCGGGAACAACUGGAACAAGCGGGCACUGUCAACGAAGGGCUAACAGAGAGCUUGUGGAAGGCUCGUGAAGACGUUGAGUUGUUUGAUACCCGUCUGCGGAGAGAGCAAGAGACAUGUGCCUCCCGGUUGAGUCGUGAACAGACUCGUGUCAGAGCACUGUGGCGCCAGGCCUCCUCCCUGCGGAGCGCUUUCACCCAGCUAAGGACUUUCACUGACAGGACUCUGUCUGAUAUGCGCGGGGAGUGUGUAACUGCCAGUCGUCAACUGUAUGUUGCCUGCAUGAAUUUAGAGGCCAGAGUAACACAUGAGAGCACCUUUAGUGGUAUGGAGAUGUCAGCGCUGGAGGGACAGCUGAAGGACAAGCUGAAAGAGGCCAUGCAGCUUCAGGGUCGCUGGGAUGCAGAGAAAGUCGAACUUAACUCCAGAAUCCUGGAGCUGUCUGACAUGGUGAAGCACCUCCGGAGCCAGAACAGUGAGAAGGAUGCCAGCCUCAAGACCAUGCAGAUCAGUCUGGACAGGAUGGAGACAAGGAGAACAGAGGACAAAGCAGAGAUGGAGGUCCUCCACACAGAGAUCCAAGCCCUCCAAAAGAUUUUAUGUCAUGUUCACCAGUUGGUUGGCGGAGAAGGUGAUAGUAGUGGCUCUGAAAGUGUGUCUUCACCUCUCUAUGGCCGGUCUCCUCUGAGGAACACUACCCUGAUGGCCGUGCAGAGUGCUCUCUCAAAGCACCAGAAACAAACACAGGACUUGCAUGGGUGUCUGGAUGCUGCCCUGGAGCAAGUGGACACACUGCGUAAUCACCUGCGGGAGAGGGACAUUGAGAGGAGGGAACUGGAGCAGAAGAUCCAGGAAGUAGGGAGGGAAAGUCAGGAGGCCAAGAAAGCCUUAGAAGAAAGCCUCAGAGACAGCAACAGAUAUUGCCGCUCACUGGAGUUCAUCUCCAGUGAGAAGGGCAGUCUGGAGAAGCUGCUGUCAGAGCUGCAGCAGGAGGUAGACUCCCAGCGUGCUGAGCUGGAGGUACUGCGGGGCUCGUCACUGGAGCUCCAGAGACAGCGGGACAUCCUGAAGCAGCAGAGGGAGGAUCUGGAGAUGCAGCUGGCACGCCGGCGCACAGAGGCCCAAAGAGGUGAUAGGAGUCUGGAGGAGCUUGAAGAGAAGCACUCUUAUCUACGAAGGGAGCUUGUGACAGUGAAAGAAAAUCUGAGUCAAAUCACAUUGCAGAAGGAGGUAUUGGAGGAUGAUAAGGCCAGCCUCGCUCUGGCUCUUAGCAAGAUGGAGUCCCAGAGUGCUGCACAGCAGUUAGCCCUCACCAAACUGCAGAAUCAAGAGGCUGCCCUAAAAGACUCUCUGGCCAAAAUGGCUGCCCUCAGCGAAGGCUUAGCCAAAGACAAGGUGGAACUCAAUCGUAUUCUGCUACAGACAGAGGGUGAGAAGGCAGAGCUUGGUGAAUGUAGACGGGAAGCUGAAGUGGAACGGGCAGCAGCCAGGGAAGAGACAGCACGGGUGCAACAGGAGAUGAUGAAUCUGCUUGCUGAGAAACAAGCCCUGGAAAGCUCCCACAGGAACUUGCAGAAUCUCUGCCAGAAGCUAGAAGCAGAACUGAGCCUUUUGCAGAAGGAGAAUGCUCAGGCCCUGGAGCAGCACUCCCAGGUCAACAGGCAGAUGCAGACUGUGUCAGAGGCGCUGUGUGCAUGCAGGAAGGCGCUUGAGACACAGACUACCGCCCUAAAGAGAGCUACCCAUGACAGGGAGGAGUUGGCCAAGGACAAGGCUGCUCUGGAUGUCAAGCUAAACUCUGCUGACCGAAAGUCCUGUGGUCUCACGCAGGAGCUGGUUGCACUUAGAGCAGAGAAGGAGUCCCUGGAGACAGCUCUGUUUGAGAGCCAGCAGCUUGCCUCGUCUCUGGAGGCUGAGUACACCAGGAUGGAGGGGGAGAGGCACAACUUGCUCCUGGCUAACGAGGACUUGACGCGUGAUGCUGCUUGCAUGCGUGUAGAUGCUGAACACCAGUUUGCACAAGCUGUGCAAGAGCGGAGUAGGUUGGAGGAAAAGCUGGCUCGGGUGGAGAGAAAUGCCCUGCUGACCCUGAACAACAAAGAGCAAAUUCACAGAGAGCAGCUAGAAGCUGAACGCCAGCAAAAGGAGCAGCAGUGUGCGGAGCUGACGGUUCAGCGGGAGCAGGCUGAGGAGCAGCUGCGUAGGCAGUGUGAGGAGCUGCGUGUGCACAGCCAGCAGGAGCUACAGCAGGUGCAAGAGGAACUGGCCAGGCUGCAGCAGGACUUCAGCCAAACCCUCCUGCAGGCUGAGAGUGAAAAGCAGCAGGCUUUGUCUGAGAAGGAGGCAGAGAAGGCUGCGCUCACGGAGAAGCUAACGGUCCUGCAGCAGGACUUGGCCUCAGCAGACAUGGAGCUGGAGCGCGUGCAGAGGGAGGCACUUAGCAGACAGGAGCAGGAUAAGAAUGCAAUGGCUGUCCUUCUGUCUGAGCUGCAAGACUUACGGUCUCAGUUUGAAGAGUCUUUGAAUUCCCAUGAGAAUACUAAGAAGAGUCUAACGGAGCAAGUCGGAGAGUUGAACCAGCAGAGAGAAAAUGCACAGCAGGAGUUAGAAGGCCUUCGUUGGCAGCUGCAGGACGCUGAGGAUGGACUUAUUAAGGGGCAGAAGGAGUUGAUUGAGGCCCACAGAGACCUCCAGGAGUGUGCACAGGAGCGGGACAAGCAACGAAAAGAGGCCCUGGACCUGAGAAGACUCUUGGGUGAUGAGACUAGAGAGAAAGAAGCCAUCCAGGCCUCUAACCAGGAGCUCAGAACUUUGGUCAAGAGAGCAGAGAGUGAUAACAGCAGCUUGAGACGAGUGGUGGAGGAGAGGGAGCAGAAAGUGGCCGUCUUAGAGGAAUGUAGGAGCUCAGUGGACCAAGAGACAACCACUUUACGGAGCAGUAUGAGAGAGCUGGAGAAGUGUCGCCUGCAGGCACGCAGAGAGUUGCAGGAGCUACGCAGACAGGUAAAGAUCCUUGAGGGAGAGAACAGCCGGCAGAAACAGGAGCUGCGAGAGCUGCAGGCUCAGGUAUGUCAGGAGGAGCAGAAGGAGGAGGAGGCUCGUCGCGAGGCUUUUACUCUCAAGCAGAGAGUGCUGGAGUGUGAGGCUGGCAGAGAAGCAGCGCUGAAUGAGGUUGCAGGUCUGCAGCGUCGUUUGGUGGAAAUGGAGACAGUGGAGGAGCAGAGUCGCGAGCUGCUGCAGGAAAGAGUGGUUUAUCAGCAGCAGAGCGACCAGCAGCAUAGAGAAACCUCUGCCCAGCUAGAGGAAGCACUACAGGACACCAAGGUCCAGGUCAAAGAACUCUCUGUGCAGGUUGGCCUGGCUCAAAAUAAGGUUCAGGGCCUGGAAGAGCAGCUGGGCUUGGGUGAUGCCAAACGUAAAGACCUGGAGCUCAAGCUGGCAGGGUUGUAUUCAGCUUUGCGCCGCACUGUUGGCAUCAGCCAUACAAGGCUUUCAAGCAUAUCUGGGUCACAAAGACGGUCUCCUUCUCCUUGGAGAAGCCACCUGCAUGUAAGAGGAGGAGAGAGUGUGACAGACGGAUCUGUGUUGUCCUUGUCUCGUGGCGAAGAUGAAGAGCUAGACGUAGACACAGUACACACAGCCCUACAGGAAUUCCAGCAGGAACUCAGGGAUGCACAAAGAGAAAGGGAUGAAGCCAAGGCUCAGAUAGUCAGUCUAAUUCAGCAGGUGACAGAGCUCAGAGGCAGCCAGGAUAAGUCAGCCACCCAGCUGCUACAACUUCAGAAGUCCUUGAAGCAAUCGGAGCAGGGAAAAAGAGAGAUGGCAGAACGAUUGCACGAGGUGCAUACAUCCCUUUCCCUGCAGGAGGAAGUAGCAUGUCGUAGAGAGAGGGAGAAGAAAAGCGUUGAGGAGGAGGUAGCUCAACUCAGGACUAGUCUGCAAGCUGCCGAGGCUGAGUCCAGGGCACUGCAAGACAAGUUGGAGCUCUUGCAGGGGUUAGAAUCUCGUGCGAACGCAGAACAACGGAGGCUGAAGGAGUCUCUGGAAGCAGCAGAGCAUAGAGUUAGCCGUCUGGAGCUCUGUCAGCGCACACUUGAGGGUGAGCUACAGCGGGCCCAGCUCAGAGCAGCAGAGCUGGAUGCAGAGACAGGUGCGCUGAAAGAGAGACUGACAGAGCUGAGGAGAAAGCUGGGUGAGAGUGAGGACCGGUGUGCCGCACUGAGGAUCAGUGAGGAGAGGCUGACCACAUCACUGGCUCAAGCUGAGCAGCAUGAGAGCCAGCUGAGAGAGCAGAUCCACAAACUGUCAAACUCUCUCAGUGACAACAGGACCAGCAGUGGAGCCCUGCAGGAGCAGAUAACACAGCUGCAGAGGGCUCUGACUGCCAGUGAGCAGGACCGAAGGCUGCUGCAGGAGCGUCUGGAUAAAAUACGAGAUACCCUUUCAGAGAGUAAGAGGCUGAACCACGCGCUAGCAGAACGGACCCAAAACCUUGAAAGAGCCCAAGAGGAGUCAGAACUUAAAUAUUCUGAGCUGGAGAAACAUAACAGGACACUGAAGGAGAGCCUGAAGCAGCAGCAGAAGGCCGGACUGCAGGCCCAGGGGAGCUCCCAGCAGCUGCAGAGAGAGAAGGAAGAACUCCAAAACAAGGUCACCGAUCUACAGAGCUCUUUGCAGAAGCUACACAGUGAGAGAGCAGAGAUGGAAAGGGUGUUGACACGCCUCGGUAAAGACAGGUCAGCACUCAGAAAGACGCUGGAGAAGGUGGAGAUGGAGAGGCUGAGGAGGGAGGAGGAGGCAGUGUCCGCAGCCAGAGAGAAGGAGCAGUUUGGGCAGACAGUCCGCAGCCUGGAGCAGGAGCUAUCUGAAAAGUUGGUUGAGAUGCAGACUCUGCAGGCCCAAAUCUCCCAGUUGGAGCACUCUCAUGCACAGCGCCUCCUGGAGGUGACAGCCCGCCAUUACCAGGAGCUGGACUUGGAGACAGAUCGUCUGAGAGACAGUCAGCUUGAAGCAGAACGGGCCUUGGAGACCAGGGAGAAGGCUCAUCGCCAGAGGGUCAAAUGCCUGGAGGAACAGGUGCUGACUCUCAAAGAGCAGCUAGAUCAGGAGACAAGAAGACGGCACGCCUGUUUUAAUCAGAUGCUACAGCCUGGUGUGUAGGCAGACACCCUGCAGUGAAGUAUGUAGCAACCUCUUCAUUCGCUGUUCCUCUGGCAGGUUCCCAAAAACGUUAAGUUACAAGCUACAUCCACAUUUGGAAGCGCACAACCCAAAUACAAUCCCAGGGCGUUUACUCCCACCCAUGCACAUGUGCACACCGGAUUACAUUAAUCUGCAUGAAAACUCAACAACAACAAACAAUGAGUGGUUUGUUUAUAAGUGGACUGGAUGUGCCAAAUUGUUUUAAGGAUUUCCUCUGGCUUGCUACAGUUGGUGUUUCUAAGUCUGUUUAUGCUGUGUCAUUUUUUUUAGGAAACAAUAUGACGAAAGGUUUCCCUUGUCGGUGCUUUAUUCUUCAAUCAUAAUUGUCGUAUAUCAUGUACCAAUUUUAUAUGUCACAGUCAGUGCUUGUGUAUCCUAAUGAGAAUAUAUAUUCAAAUAUUUACAAUAAAUGUUUGCAGAUUUCAAUUGAUUUUCCUGGUGCUGUGCUUAUUAGUGUCAUAAAGAUUCUAUAGUGUAACUCAUUUGCUUUAUUAUGGAUUGUAUUUCACUUAAUCAAUGUGUGGAAAAGUUGC